UUCAUGGUAGACCUCUAAAGAAAUUUGGUUGAGUAAAUGCCAAUUCUACUUUAUCGAAACACUCAUGACACAAGGAGGUGGGAUGGAUUGUUUGUCAGUGGGAAUGAAGUUACCAAACGGCACUUUCGAGCGCCCCAUUCCAAAAAGACGCUUGUUCUGGGUUCGGCCAGGAGUGACUUCUGUAGACUUUAAGACGAAUUCCCUCCCAAAAGUUAUUAGGACUGGUCAAAAGUUUUCCAUCCAAGCUUCCUACAAACACUGUUGUCGCGGAUCACAUUGCCCCACAUGUCCGAUUCAGCUUUAUUUUAAAUUUGCUGGAAAAACAAGUUUGGUUCACAGCAACUUGAAAGUGGAUUGUCAAGAAAAUUAUUUCAAUACUACAAUCGAGACGUUGCUUCAAGAAGGAACCUACGCUUUGAGCGUUUCGUAUAAAUUGGUAGACGAUUUGCUAAAUUUGACUGAAAUUAAAAGGAAAAUCGGCGAGUUACAAAUUAAAGCUUUGGAAAUCGAAGGUUGCAGAUUCACUUCCGGCUUGUGUUCUUGGACAAAUAAUGAUCAAGGAUGGAAACCUGCAAUUGAGGCAGGGAUCCUUGUUCACGUGGGAAACAGUCCUGCUGUUCUCGAGAGUCCUUGGAUUGUCACUAAUUCCAUUAGCCAGAAGCUCGGGUUAUGCUUAACCUUCUCUUACCGUCUUGCAACCAGUUUUGGAUCGCUUAGUGUAAUCCUAAUGACGAAGUCAAAUGUGUCAAUUUGGAGUCUCACUGGUUACCAGGGUGAUACUUGGCUCAUUGGAAAAGUGUCAUUAAUAGCUAACGAUAAUUUUAAGGUGGCGAUAAUUGCUAAAGGGAAACGUUCGCCAAGUUUUCAAAGAACUGCUGUUGAUAAUAUAGCAAUAUCUACCAGAACUUGUAAGCUAGCUCCGCCUCAUAGUUUACCAGAAUUCACUUGCGAAGCUGAUAACUUUCAGUGUGACAACGGAAAAUGUAUUUACAAAGACUUGGUUUGCGAUGGCGACUCUGCAUGCCUAGACAACUCUGAUGAAAAGAAUUGCAAAUGCCGUACUAAUCAGUUUACUUGUCCAACCGGAAAAUGUCUUUACGAAAAUGAAUUAUGUAACUCCAGGAAGGACUGCGAGGACAACUCUGACGAAUCCAGAUGUGGAAUUGGCUGUCCCCAAAAUAGUUUCUCCUGCGCCAGUGGUGAAUGCCUUCCAUGGUCUUUGACAUGUGAUAUCGAAAAAAACUGUGAAGACGGUACAGACGAGCCAUCCUUAUGUGGAUAUUCAAACUGCUCACUUCUGGAUUUAGGCUGUGCAAAACUUAAAGAGAAGCACCAUGCGUCUACGCAUUCUUGUAGUAGGAACAGAGCUAAGUGCGACUUCCAGGAUGGCUUCUGUGGAUUGACAGAAGACUCUGAAGUUCGAUGGAGUUUUGGCUCAGGUUCAACGCCCACAGAGAAUACUGGACCGGACUUUGACCAUAGCAGAUAUCGACCUUUAGGAAAGUACAUAUAUCUGGAGGCAUCAGACUAUGAUCCUGGUGACACUGCUGUCCUAACUAGUAAUGUUGUUGCCUCUGGCAUAGCAUCAUGUGUGCAGUUUUGGUAUCACAUGAAAGGAAAAGAUGUCGGCAGCUUAAAUGUAUUGAUUCUAAAGAAUGAUUCAAGGAUGAUAGUGUGGAGUCAAACUGGCCAGCAAGGUCCUGAUUGGCUCUUUGGUCAAGUUGGAUACAAAGACGUUUCUACCGGUCAUAAGAUUGCGAUAGAGGGUGUCCGUGGAAGUGGUGUUCAGGGUGAUAUAGCAUUCGACGAUCUUCUCAUCCUCGAUGAAGAAAAUUGUCAAACCGUAUACGGAAAUGAAAAUACUGGAUGCCUAUUUGAGCAAGAUCUUUGCAAUUGGAAGCCCACCGGAACAUGGUUGAUAAGCAAGUUUUUCCCCUUUGGGUUCUCGUUAAGAGAUUGGCAAGGCACCGAUGGAGGUUUUACUUAUCAUAAAGGCUGUUCAAGACUGGCCAACGGUGGGUCAGGAUGUUACGGAAGUUUAAAGAGCCCUCAUAUUUUCUCUAAAGCGGGUUGGAAGUGUUUGCAGUUUUGGUAUUACAUCGGUAAAGAAGGACAUGCUUCUCUUCGUGUGACUUUAAUUUCAAACGAGACCCAAAGGACAUUGUUGACCUCUUCUGAAACUGGAAUCUGGACCUUUGCUCGUUUGCCCAUCAUUCCAUUUUCAGUUUCCUAUCAGGUUUUAUUCCAAGGGCGAACAAUUGCUAUAGACGAUGUUGUUUUUCAAACUGAAAGUUGUGAAAGAAUGCCCUGUAAUGUUAACGGCAGCUGUUUGGAGUUUCGUCAAGGCUUUUAUGGAUGGGUCAAUACUGAGAAAAGCACUACACCAUGGAAACAAACGACGAGGAACAUAGACGAAAGAUCAACCUAUGCCAAAGAAGGCGUUGAGAAGGAAAGCAAUUACCAAAUGAAUUUUUCUGCCAAUCAUAGCGGCUAUGUAAAUAUAACUGAUUUGCCCGAUCUCUCGGCUUUUACCAUCUGCCUCUGGAUGAAAUCGUCAGACAACACCAGCGCAGGCACUCCCCUAUGGUACAGAGUACGCUAUGAAAACAAUGGAAAAUAUGUGACUGCAAUUGCGCUCAUUGACUACUGAGGGUUCUAUGUCUACGUUGGCGAGAAAAAAUUAAGGACAAGUGCCAGAGCAAACGACGGAAAGUGGCAUCAUAUUUGCUUGGCGUGGAAAUCUAUAGAUGGAAAAGUGUACUUCUACUUUGACAAAGGACAGCUUUUAGAUGAAGGAUUUUUUGCAGGAGAUAGAAUUCCCGGCAAAGGUGAGUUUGUGGUUGGUUUAACAAACGAUCAGGCAAAAUUACUGUCAAAAGCUGGCGAAUUCAUCGGUAUUAUCAGCCAUGUUAAUAUAUUCGACGAAUUCUUCGAUCAACACGUUAUCACCUGGAUGUCGCACGGCUGUGGUGAGGAUCCGAUGAAUCCAAUUUUUCGUUGGUCCCAGUUUAAGAAUGGUCUCACUGGAGAUGUCGAGAUUCAAAGAACUACGACGUGUAGAGACAGUGAAGGUCUCCGCAUCAUUGUGUCAGCUAACCGAACAUCUUUAUCUCGACAAGUGUCUGUGUUUGAAAGUCCAUUUUAUAAGCGAUCACAUGAUGCACACUACGUCUGUGUGCUAUUUAGGUACAUCAUACAUGGCUCUGGAAGACGCUUCCUUCGUUUUUAUCAACACAUGAACUUUGCAAACCAUACAAGAAGGAUAAUAUGGGCGGCCAGUUAGUUUAACAACGCAGAAAGAACAUGGAAGUAUGGAAGAGUAGCCUUGCCAAGUAUAACUACAUACAGAGUUUCUUUUGAGGCGGAUUUGGGCAAUUAUCCUGGCUUUGUUGGUGUCAGGGGCUUACAAGUACAGCCUGGAUACUGUC